AUGACGUCAAAUUGUCCCUCGAUAAGCUACGCCGAUCAACAGUCGGCCUUGUUCAACGUAUCGGAGAUCUUGCAGCAGCGAUGGGAAGAUAGCCCGAAGGAUGACCGAAAGAGACUGGAGUUAUGCUGGGGCUAUACAGACUGUGGGGAUUGUCAUCGGAGCAAGGGGUUCUGCGGAUGGUGCGCUAUUUCGUCAACCUGCCUUCCCCUCCCCCUCGACCCCCUCUCCCGCGCCUUCCCACUCCUCUCCCCCAUGCGCUACAAAUUCAUCUGCGCAAUGGGUCCCGAGCGCUUCGAGCUACGCACAUCCGGACUAGGCUGCCAAGUCUCCACCAUCACCUUCCUGACGUCCAUCGUCACUAUCUUCUGCACGCUGUUCGGCGUGCUGGUGCUGUAUGGGCUGGUCAAAGCGGGGAAGUGGGUCGCAUGGACGCUGAAGGUGAGGAAGGGCGGUUGGGUUGUGUAUGCGGAUGGGAGGGAGGGGGUUUGGGUGAGGAGGAAAGAGGGUUGGGGACGCUGGUGGAGGAGAGUUAGGGGACAGGAGAGAGAGCGCGAGGCGUUAGUUAUUGAUGGGGGAACCAGGGACAGGAGCUGGUGGGCUUGG